GUGGGCGCACUGCUGGGCGGAACUUGCGGGUGUCACUGCUGGGCACCGAUCAUCAGGGCACUGAUCAUCAGUGCCCUGAUGAUCGGUGCCGAUCCCCGCUCUGACAACUGCCGGUUCUCGGCAGUACUUUCCUCACGUGAUGAUCAGUGCCCUGAUGAUCGGUGCCCAGCAGUGACACCCGCAAGUUCUGCCCAGCAGUGCGCCCACUAGCUCCGCCCACCCGUGCCCAGCAGUGCAC